CGCAGCCCUCUCUACCCGCUGCUCUUCGCCGGCCUCUUCAAGGCGCUGCAGCUGCUGGGCAAGGACGAGGCGCCGCUAUUGAUUUGGCUUCCUAGGGUUUUCCAGGCAGUUCUGGCAGCAUUUGCAGAUGUGAAGUUAUAUUCCUUGGCAAAGCGGCUGGAUCACUUUGAGACGGCCAAAUGGGUGUACUUUUGCCAGUUGUGUUCUUGGUUUACAUGGUACUGCUGUACCAGGACCCUCACCAACACUAUGGAAGCGGUUCUCACCAUCUUUGCUCUUUGCUACUAUCCCAUGGAAGGCACCAAAAUGGAGAGCAGCCGCUACUACCUAGCCCUGGUUGCGCUAGCGUGCAUCGUUCGCCCAACAGCUUCCAUUCCAUGGGCUCCGCUGCUGCUUUGGCACUUUGAAAAGGAGUCCAACAAGAAGCGCCUCCUCUGGGGUGCUUGCCUUCCAGUGGGACUAAUUGCUUUGGGAGGUUCGUUAGUAGUUGACAGGAUAUUUUUUGGCAAGUGGGUUGUAGUUCCCCUCAACUUUCUGAAAUUCAACGUUCUGCAUGAGCUGGCCACGUUCUACGGAUCCCACUCCUGGCACUGGUAUUUCACCCAGGGCUUGCCGGCGAUCCUUGGUCCUCACCUGCCUUUUUUCCUCCAUGGCUGUUUCAGUGCCCCGAGGAAGCAUCGUGUGUUCUUGGUUGUUGUGCUUUGGACCAUGACAGCCUACAGCGUUCUUCGUCACAAAGAAUUCCGAUUUAUCUAUUCCAUCCUACCCAUCUGUAUGCUCUUCUGUGGGCAUUCUCUGGCUCAACUGAAGAGAAGGUGGAGAAGGGCUGCCGUUUCUUUCUUGCUGAGCUCCAGCCUGCUUCUUGCCCUCUACACUGGUUUGGUCCAUCAGCGUGGCACUCUUGAUGUGAUGGUCUACCUCCGGGAGCUCUGCAACCCUUUGGCCCGAGAACAGACAUCCAUUCUCCUGCUAAUGCCCUGUCAUUCAACUCCUUUAUACAGCCAUAUUCACUGUCCACUGCAAAUAAGAUUUCUUCAGUGCCCUCCAGAUUUGAUGGGAAAAAGCAACUAUCUGGAUGAAGCUGACUUAUUUUACUCUCACCCCCUCCAGUGGCUCAACAAAGAGUUUCCUAAUGCUACGCAACUACCUUCCCAUUUGGUCUUCUUCAAUGUACUUGAGCAGGAAAUAUCAUCAUUUCUGAUUUCAAACAGAUAUGUAAAAGGUGCCAUAUUCUUUCAUACCCAUCUGCCUCAAGGACGUGUUGGAAGCCACAUUUAUGUGUUCAAAAAAUUAUUUUGAAGAUUGACCAAACUGAUUUAAGGGAUGGGGCUGAUGCAAGAGAAGCAACAAAGCAGCAACCCUUGACCUGAAGUAUACUGAUGAAUGGGUCUGGAGAGGUGGAAGGUACCAGUACUUUUGUUUUAGCAAAGGCAGCCUUGCGUGACCCUUCUGCUAAGGUUUCGGAUCUGCUCAGACUAUAUGCAUAGACAGUUUGGAACCACCUUUUUAUUAUUUUUUUUUACAAUGUACAGAUGUGCAAAUUUAAAAGCAAGAUGAUCAGAAAGACCAUGUAACAAAUCCCAUCAUGAUCAGAGUAAUUAAAUGGCUAUCAAAAUA